UCCUUAGGAGAUGCUCGCAGGCCCCUACAUGAAUCAGCAAUAUUGGUUGAAGACAUUGUCCACACUCAACUGAUUAAUUUGUUGCAACAAGCCUCUGAAGUGUCUCAGAUGAGAGGUGCUAGAGUAAUCUCUGCAGAAGAUCUCAUUUUUUUGAUGCGCAAAGAUAAGAAAAAACUUCGAAGAUUACUUAAAUACAUGUUUUUCCGAGAUUACAAAUCUAAAGUUGUCAAAGGCAUUGAUGAAGAUGAUCUUCUUGAAGACAAAUUCAGUAGCAGCACUAACAAACGUCAGAAAUCUGCUCAAGACUUUCUUAUUUCUAUUGAUCAGACUGGGGAGCUCUUGGCCUUGUUUGAAGAUGAUGAGAUAGAUGAUGUAAAGCAAGAGAGAAUGGAGAGAGCAGAAAGACAAGCACGAGUGAUGGACUCAGCACAAUAUGCAGAAUUCAGUGAAAGCCGUCAGUUGAGCUUUUCCAAAAAAGCCUCCAAAUUUCGAGACUGGUUGGACUGUAGUAGCAUGGAAAUAAAACCAAAUGCAAGUGCUAUGGAAAUGCUGUCUUAUUUAGCAUAUGAGACAGUAGCACAGCUGGUGGACCUGGCCCUUUUGGUCAAGCAGGACAUAAUACCGAAAGCUGGUGACCCUUUUAGUCAUGCGAUAUCUGCUACUUUUAUUCAGCAUCACCAUUCUGAGAUGCAUGUUUUAGGGCAGACUGCAAGUAUGAAGAGUAAUCCAGGCUCACCUGAUAAUACUCCACCACCAACCCCCACCCUGCCAUCAACGGGCCCACAGUAUCUUGGGAAAAUUCAGCCUGGGACUAUAGGGAAUGGCAGCACUGGACAAGAACCCUCCAAAGUCAAACAGCGAAAGAAGAGAAAAAGUACUGCAGCUUGUGGUGCAGAAGCCCAGAGUGAUGCCAUCCAGCCUGCCCACAUCAGAGAGGCCAUUCGACGCUACGGCCACAAGAUUGGACCCCUUUCCCCUUACACAGUAUGUAAUAACAAAGAUUUAAGAAGCUAUAUUUAUAAUCUUAGAGAAAUUUGA